CUGCUCCGGUCAUCACUGCCACAACUCCUAAAAUGGAGGUGGUUUCAGCAGAAGUCAACAGCUUGCUUCCUGAGGAAAUAAUGGACACCGGUAUAACUCUGGUGGAAGAUGACAACAUUGAGGCAGUUAUCGUGUCGUCGCCGAUGGGAGAUUCUAUUCCCAUGGAAACAGAACUGGAAGAAAUAGUGAAUAUAAGCUCCACCAGUGACUCCUCAGCUAUGACUACAACCACAAUCACUACAGAACCGGUUACUGCACCUAGCAAUCACUCAGGCGAUGUGCCAGUGAACACCACAACCCUAAAAACUGAUGUGAAUGCAGUAGUAAAGCCUACCUUUCCAAGUGGCCUCCAUAAACUUGGUGCUCAGACACCUGUCACUAUAUCAGCCAAUCAAAUUAUUCUGAACAAGACCACUGAUAUUAAAAUAGGCAAUCAGAGUAUUAAACCAGACGGGCAAAAGCUAAUUGUAACAACUUUGGGCAAGUCUGGCCAACCUAUUGUUUUAGCAUUACCCCACAGCCAGCUCCCGCAGGCGCAGAAGGCCACGUCCCAAGCCCAAGGUGGAGACUCCAAGGUACAAGGCCAACAGAUCAAAGUUGUUAUUGGAGGUCGGUCGGAAGUGAAACCUGUUGUUGGUGUCUCAGCUUUGACACAAGGAAGUCAGCUGAUAAACACUGCGGCCCAGCCUUCUGUUUUGCAGACUCAGCAGUUAAAAGCAGUACAGAUUGCGAAGAAGACCCGAACCCCAACUUCUGGCCCAGUAAUCACCAAGCUGAUCUUUGCAAAACCAAUCAAUAGCAAAGCUGUUACAGGGCAGACCACUCAAGUGUCACCAGUAAUUGCAGGUAGGGUUCUUUCACAGUCUGCUCCAGGAACACCACCAAAGACAAUAACGAUCUCUGAGAGCGGAGUCAUUGGAUCAUCUUUGAGUACAACAACACAACAGACACCAAAUAAAAUAGCUAUCUCACCACUCAAAUCCCCUAAUAAGGCUGUGAAAUCAGCAGUGCAGACCAUUACUGUAGGAGGAGUGGGUACAUCUCAAUUUAAGACAAUUAUCCCCUUGGCAACUGCACCCAAUGUUCAGCAGAUUCAGGUACCUGGAAGCAAGUUCCAUUAUGUCAGACUCGUUACUGCCACAACAGCCAAUAGUUCAACCCAGUCGGCCAGUCAAAAUCCCAGUACAAAUACACAGCCUCUUCAACAGGCAAAGCCAGUGGUGGUGAAUGCGACACCAGUGCGGAUGUCUGUUCCCAUAGUGCCAGCACAGACUGUGAAACAGGUGGUGCCUAAACCGAUCAACCCACCUUCCCAGAUAGUUACCACUAGUCAGCCCCAACAAAGACUUAUUAUGCCAGCCACUCCACUGCCACAGAUACAGCCCAACCUCACCAACCUCCCGCCCGGCACUGUCCUGGCACCAGCACCUGGCACAGGAAAUGUCGGGUAUGCAGUCCUUCCAGCUCAGUAUGUCACACAGCUACAACAAUCAUCAUAUGUAUCUAUAGCAAGCAACACUGGCUUUACAGGGACAUCCAGUAUCCAGUCCCAAGCACGGCUACCAUUCAAUGGAAUAAUUUCUUCUGAAUCUGCAAACCGCCCGAGGAAGCCUUGCAAUUGUACUAAGUCUCUAUGUUUGAAAUUAUAUUGUGAUUGUUUUGCAAACGGUGAAUUCUGCAAUAACUGCAACUGUACAAAUUGUUAUAACAACCUGGACCAUGAAAACGAUAGGCAAAAAGCAAUAAAGGCCUGCCUUGACAGAAACCCGGAAGCCUUCAAGCCCAAAAUAGGGAAAGGAAAGGAAGGAGAAUCAGAUCGGAGACACAGCAAAGGGUGUAACUGUAAACGCUCGGGAUGUCUCAAAAACUACUGUGAAUGUUAUGAGGCAAAAAUCAUGUGUUCUUCCAUAUGCAAAUGCAUUGGCUGUAAAAAUUUUGAAGAAAGCCCGGAGCGAAAGACAUUGAUGCAUUUAGCAGAUGCUGCAGAAGUUAGGGUCCAGCAGCAGACCGCUGCAAAGACCAAGUUAUCUUCCCAGAUCUCAGAUCUGCUGACAAGGCCAACACCAGCACUCAGCAGUGGUGGUGGGAAGCUGCCCUUUACGUUUGUAACCAAGGAGGUAGCUGAUGCAACCUGUGAAUGCCUUCUCGCACAGGCAGAGCAAGCAGAGAAGAUGGGCAAGUCAAAAGCUGCAGCAGAGCGCAUGAUCCUGGAGGAGUUUGGACGCUGUUUGAUGAGGGUUAUUAACUCUGCAGGGAAGUCCAAAAGUGACCCUUGUGCCAUGAACUGCUGACUUGUGCACAUGAGCCACAACAAAGUGGACUGAACAGAACACUUACGGCACAGGGACACUUUGGUUUGGCAUAGAGGAUUUAAUAUUUGUUAAUUUGGUGCUUGUUGUAAAUUAACCAGUGUAAGAUUUAAACAAGAAAAUCUUUUACAACAA